AAGUCUCCCAACAUCACACACGUCUUCAACAUCAACACAUGUAGAAGUCUUUCAACAUCAGCAAGUCUCCCAACAUCAGCACAGAAGUCUCUCCCCAACAUCAACAACACAGAAAAGUCUCCCCAGCAACAACACACAGAAGUUCCCCAGCAACAACACAGAAGUGUCUCCUCAACAUCAACACAGAAGUCUCCCCAACAUCAACACAGAGUAGAAGCCUCCCCAACAUCAACACAGAAGUCUCCUAACAUCAACACAGAAGUCUUCAACAUCAGCACAGUAGUCUCCCAACAUCAGUCCUCCCAACAACAACAACAAAUACAGAAGUCUCCCAACAACACAGAAGUUCCCCAACAACAACAACACAGAAGUUCCCCAACAUCAACACAGAAGUUCUCAACAUCAGCACACAGAAAUCUCCCAACAUCAACACAGAAGUCUUCAACAUCAGCACAGAAGUCUCCUAACAUCAACACAGAAGUCUCUAACAUCAACAUACACAGAAGUCUCUCAACAUCAGCACAGAAGUCUCCAAACAUCAACACAGAAGUCUCCCAACAUCAACAGACAGAAGUCUUCAACAUCAACACAGAAGUCUCCCAACAACACAGAAGUCGCCCAACAUCAACACAGAAGUCUCUCAACAUCAGCACAGCCUCCCAACAUCAACACAGAAGUCUCAACAUCAACACAGAAGUCUUCUCAACAUCAGCACAGAAGUCUCCAAACAUCAACACAGAAGUCUUCCCCAACAUCAACACAGAAGUCUUCUCAACAUCAAUACAGAAGCUUUCAUCUCCCAACAUCAACACAGAAGUCUUCUCAACAUCAACACAGAAGUCUUCCUCAACAACAACACAGAAGUUUCCUGCAACAUCAACACAAAGCCCCUAA